AUGAGCCAGUGCGAGUCGCCGGCGGCAAAAUUGCCGGCACACGUUCUGAUAUUUCCAAUACCACUGCAGGGCCACGUGAACUCUAUGCUGAACCUGGCGGAGAUCCUCUGCAUCUCGGGCCUCCACAUCACCCUCCUCCUCUUCGACCACAUCCACACCCGCCUUCUCCGCCACGCCCACCUCCGAUCCCGCUUCUCCGCCUACCCCGGCUUCCGGGUGGCCACCAUCUCCGACGGCCUCCCGCCCGACUAUCCACGCGCCGGAGACCGCAUCUUGGACACCAUCCGGAGCUUCCGGGAGGUCGGCGGGUCUGUGUUCCGCCACCUCAUGGAGUCGACUGAUGCGCUGAGCCAAGGCGGAGACAGACGGCGCGUGAGCUGCCUCAUACUUGAUGGCGCGUUGACUUUCGUUAAUCCGGUGGCUGACGAAUUGGGGAUUCCUCACAUCGUUUUCAGGACCGUCAGCGCCUGUUCAUUUUGGUCGUAUUUCAAUGUUGAAGCCAUAAUCGAGGCCGGUGAGCUCCCUCUGAGAGGUAAGGAUGAAGAUAAAUUGUCUUAUUUAAAACGAAAAGAUAUGGAUUUCAGUGUGACAAGCGUCCCGGGCAUGGAGGGAAUUCUCCGCCGGCGUGAUCUCCCAGCAUUUUGCAGAGUAGAAGAAGUGAAUGAUCCUGCACUCAACACCAUGACACUCGAAACUAAAAGAACUACCGAGUCCUCAGGAUUAAUACUCAAUACAUUCGAGGACUUGGAAGGCCCGGUUCUGGAUCAAAUCCGUAAAUGCUUCUCCAAUUUGUAUACCAUUGGCCCUCUCCACGCGCUUCUGGAAGCCCGUUUGGGUUCGGUUGAACGUUCAAGCAGCUUGUGGGAGGAGGAUCGUGGGUGUUUGGCAUGGCUCGACUCUCAACCCCCAAAGUCGGUUAUCUACGUGAGUUUUGGAAGCAUUACGAUGUUGACGAGGGAUGAGUUGCUAGAGUUCUUGCAUGGAUUGGUGAAUAGUGGCAAAAGGUUCUUGUGGGUGGUAAGGCCCGAUUCGGUUGUGGAGGGGAAUGAUAAUAAUGUUGAGACGAUGAUGCGGGAGCUCGAGGAAGGAGCCGAAUCCAAAUCAAGGGGGCUCAUUGUCAGGUGGGCCCCACAGAGGGAGAUUCUAGCCCAUCCGGCAGUUGGUGCCUUUUUCACACACUGUGGGUGGAAUUCGACUCUGGAAGGAAUUGUGGUGGGCGUGCCGAUGGUGUGUUGGCCUUAUUUUGCGGACCAGACGACAAAUAGUAGGUUUGUGAGUGAGGUGUGGAAGAUGGGGUUGGACAUGAAAGAUAGGUGUGAUAGAAAUGAAGUGGAGAAGAUGGUUAGUGAUGUUAUGGAUGUGAGGCGGGAUGAAUUCGUCGACAAGGCUCGUGGAUUGUCGGUUUUGGCGAGGAAGGCUAUUUCAGAAGGGGGAUCGUCUUGUAUGGAUUUGGCGAGGUUGAUUGAGUUUAUCAAGUCCACAGUUUCAUGA